AUUCUUGAAACUCUUACGAAGAGCGUGGAGAAGAACGUCCCUACCGCUCUGCGCCCAAAAGUUUUUGUCCAAAGCCACCUCUGGGGAGACUUGAGCUCGCCAUUAGCCACUACUAACGCAGGACGUUUCAGGCGAGUCCUCGCCGCAGACUGUCUCUGGAUGCCCCAUGAGCAUCACAACCUUGCCAAGUCCAUGUUCCAUUUCUUGUCUCCAGACCCCAUAGCAAGGGUGUUCGUCUUCGCGGGGUUCCAUACUGGUAGGGCCAACAUGGCGCCUUUUUUCAAGAUUGCGCAAUCGAUGGAAUUUAUGAGAUGGAUGCUGAUGGAAGGAUACGAGACUCGGCGGUCGAGGGGGAUGGCAGAAGGGAAGACCACGACGAGAGGAAGAAGCGGCUCGUUGUUGCAUGGCUGAAGUGGAAGGCAUGAUGAAGUGUCCUGCCCUGGAGGC